GGAUCAACGGAAAUUUUAUUCACAUGGAAUGAUAUGAAUGAGCCAUCAGUAUUCGGGGGCUAUGAACAGACAAUGCCGAAAGAUCUUAUUCAUUAUGAGGGUUGGGAACACCGAGACUUGCACAAUAUUUAUGGCCUUUCUUUUCAUAGGGCAACUGCUCAAGGACUUAGAAAUCGUACUGAAUCACCACGUCGACCUUUCGUGCUCUCCCGAUCAUUUUUUGCAGGUUCUCAACGAUAUGGUGCUAUUUGGACGGGUGACAAUGGUUCAAGUUGGGAUUAUUUAGCCAUUUCAACUCCUAUGCUAUUGACUUUGGGUAUUUCUGGGUUGCCAUUUUCAGGAGUUGAUGUCGGUGGAUUUGCUGGUGAUCCACAGCCUGAACUCUUUGUUCGAUGGUGUCAAGCAGGAGCUUUUGAACCCUUCUUUCGUGGACAUUCUGAUAAUUAUACAAAAAGACGUGAACCAUGGGUAUUCGGUGAACCAUAUACCGGUUAUGUUCGUGAUAUAAUAAAAGAAAGAUAUUCGUUGUUACCUUUAUGGUAUACUUUAUUCUACGAAGCUAGUACCACCGGAAUGCCAAUUAUAAGACCUAUGUUUGUAGUCUAUCCUGACGACGAACAAGUCUACGAAAUGGACGAUCAAUUUUUUGUUGGCAAUUCGUUACUUGUCAAGCCUAUUGUAAAGAAGGGUCAAACAUCUACUGAAGUGUAUUUUUCAGGAAACGAG